CCCUCAUCCUGCUCCUCUUCCUCCCUGCUCACAGGGAAAGGCUUCGAGUGAGGAGAGCUGCUGCUCAGACUGCUCUGUCUUCAUUCACCCCAGCAAGGAGUUCCCUCACCCCUGUGUCUGUAGGGAGGCAGGAUGCACCCCAGGCUUUGGCUGGUGACCAGCACCCUGGCAGCACUGCUGGGCAUGGCCCUGAUGGAGGACGGUGUGUGCCGGGCACCAGAUGGCAAGGAUGGCUUCCCUGGAGUCCCUGGCCUUGAUGGGAGGCCGGGGCAGAAGGGUGACAUGGGAGAACCAGGGAGAUCAGCCCAGAGGACGGGCAUCCAGGGACCGAAAGGGGAUGCAGGUGAGCCUGGGCCUCCUGGCAUCCCAGGGAACCGGGGCUACCAUGGCCUGCCCGGCCCCCCUGGGUUCGCUGGGCAGCCGGGGCCGAAGGGGGCCAAGGGGAAGGCUGGCAAUAUCCUGGAGCAUCCGCAUCCUGCCUUCUCUGCCUCGCGGAGGUCCCCGCCGGCCAGGGGCAGUACUGUGGUGUUUGACAACAUCAUCACCAACGAGGAGAGCUCCUACAGCCCCCAGACCGGGGAGUUCACCUGCAGCAUCCCCGGGAUCUACUACUUCUCCUACCAGGUGAUCUCCAGCGGUGACCUCUGCCUGAGCAUCACCAAGAACAGAGAGAACGUGGUCAGCUUCUGUGACUCCAACAGCCGCCAAGUGCUGCAGGUGAACUCGGGCAGCAGUGUGCUCAGCCUGGCGCAGGGGGACCGGGUCUCCCUCAGCACCGAUCCUGCCCGGGGCAGCAUGAUCUACAGCGGCUCUGAGGCAGACAGCGUCUUCAGUGGCUUCAUGCUCUACCCACUGAUGGGCUGAUGGGUCCGUCCACCAGCCCAGACCUACCUGUCUGCAUGGUGUUUACCCUGUGAGUGUGUGGGAUGGUUCAGUACCGCAGCAAACACAGAUGGCUGCAAACUGAGUCACCAGAUGGGUCCUGUGCUUCCACAGGUGUCACAGAGUGGCCAGGCUGGGGGUCAGCACUGGAGCAGUUACCUCCAUGCUGAUCCUUUCCACCCCAUCCUGGAGACAGAGGGCAUUCAGACCCCACACUGAAGAGGUCUGAUUGUCCCUGGAGACAACUUUAUCAGCUACAGUUCCUUGUUCCUGAGUGGGAAAUCACUGCAUAUCACUGCUUCUGCUACACCAACCAUUGCAAAUGCUGUCCUGGCACUCAGCCACUGCUGCUUCUCACACCCUUCUCCAUCUGCAUAAAUAAACCCUUCUCCCACAACA